GUUGAGAAAUGGUAAACUUGUGAAAUUAACCAAAGAGUGUGUGGGUGCUUUAACGGCAUGUGUUAUCUAAACUGAAUGAUAACGCUAUGCGUACAUUAUACAAUUUUAUAUAAGAAUAUCUGUGAUCAAGUGUAAACCUAAGAGAUCUUCAAAACCAUGAGAUUGUUUAUAAUUGGCAUAGUUUUGCUUACAUAUAUUUGGACUACUAGUUCCAAAGAAGAGACAGACUUCUACAAACUUUUAGAUGUAGGUAAAGAUGCAACAAGCAAAGAAAUCAGAAAAGCUUUUAAAGCUUUGGCUGUUAAAUUACAUCCAGACAAAAAUAAGGAUGACAAAGAUGCUGAGUCAAAAUUUAUUAAAAUUGUGAGAGCAUAUGAAGUACUCAAAGAUCCUGAUGCCAGAAAUCGAUAUGACAUGACUGGAGACACUGGUGAUAAUAAGAAACAGAACUAUCAUAGCUAUUCUUAUUAUCGAAAUCAAUUUGGCAUAUAUGAUGAUGAUCCCCUCAUUAUUACCCUUGGAAAGAGCGACUAUGAAAUGAACAUUUUGGACAAAAACCAAGCAUGGUUUGUGAACUUUUACUCUCCAAACUGUCAUCAUUGUCAUGAUCUGGCACCAACUUGGAGGAAACUGGCUGUUGAGCUUGAGGGGGUUGUAAGAAUUGCAGCAGUAAACUGUGAAGAUGAUUGGAUGUUAUGUCGACAUAUCUAUGUUGAAUCAUACCCAAGUCUCUUGUAUUAUGAAAAAGAGGCUACAUUAUAUGAUAGUGAAAAAUAUGUAGGUGACAGGACUUUGGAAGCAUUAAAGAAGUUUGUGUUAAACAAAGUUCCUGCUGUGCCAGAAGUGACUGAGUCAAAUUGGGAUGGAAACAAACAAUGGUUACUGUUCUUGUGCACAGAGGACAAUGUUAAUUGUCCAGAGAAAGAAACACAAAUCAAACUGAAGGCUAUUAUGGAUGGUUUGAUGUCAACAGGUAUUGUAAAAGAUGAAAAAUUGUGUGAUAAAAUUUAUGAAUCUCACAAAAUGAAUCCUGUUGUAUUCUGGCAAGUAAAGGAUGAUGGCACCUCAGAGGUACAUAGUAUAGAAGGAUCUGACAGUAAGGAAAUAUUAGACAAGAUUUUAAAUAUUCUUCCUAAUCCAGAAACAAUAGACGAAGAAAGAUUUAAGGAAAUAAGGUCUAAUCUUCGUCUAGAACAAGAGAAACCUUGGUUGCUAUGCUUUUAUCUGGGCCCUGCAACUGAACUUAACUUGCAACUGAAGCGUCUGCCAACUUCCGUUCCAAAUAUCAACAUAGGUUUGGUUCAUUGCGGAAAGAGUGCGGCUCUUUGCAGCAGUUUGCACAUCGCACGAUAUCCCACAUGGGGUGUUUUGAAAGUGGGCGGUGCUUUUGAACCGCAUCACGGACGAGACAUUCUACACGAGGUGGCUACGUUCGCGAGAGACAGCGUCCUUUCGACUAAUUUCCACGCGCUGUCGCCUGCCGAUUACAAGCGGCUGCUUAAAGAGGGGGGUGCUUGGUUCGUCGACUGGUAUGCACCUUGGUGUCCCCCCUGCAAACGCCUCAUGCCUGAGGUUCGCAGAGCCAGCCAGAAAUUCGAUGCUACACAAAUUCAAUUUGGCAGUGUAGAUUGCACCAUGCACAAAGAAUUGUGUCAAGAACAGGGUAUCAGAUCUUAUCCGACGACAAUGGUUGUCAACGGCACUAACACUUAUCAUUAUCAUGGAGCAAUGUCCGAGGCUGACAUUAGGAGCUUCAUUGAGGAUCUGUUGGAUCACACCGUCGUUACUCUAGACAGCAGUUCAUUUGCACAGUUGAUGCGCAAACCAGAAGAUGAAAUAUGGAUUGUCGAUUUUUACGCACCUUGGUGUAAUCCUUGCCAGAAGUUGGCACCUGAAUGGAGGAAACUUGCAAAAUAUAUGUCCCAGUUUCCGGAAGUAAAGGUUGCACAGGUGGAUUGCGUUGAAAACUCGGAUCUCUGUUCUGCCCAAAACGUCCACGCCUACCCCACCAUCCGUCUCUAUCCCUUGGGAAGCAAAGGGUUAAAUACCAUGGCCAUAUAUAAUGGAAAUCGUGAAUCAGUGUCCCUAAAACGCUGGCUUCUGAGUUUCUUGCCGUCUCCUGUUUUGCAAUUAAAUGCAGACCAGUUUCGCGAAAAGAUACUUGCCGAUAAAUCCCAUCUGAAACCGUGGCUCGUUGAUUUUUACGCACCCUGGUGCGGACACUGCGUACAUUUCGAUCCGGAGUACCGAACUGCAGCACUCAAACUCGAAGACGUUGUCCACUUGGCUAAGAUCGAUUGUGAAAAGGAGCGCUACUUUUGUGGGCAACAAUAUGUAACAGGUUAUCCAACUGUAUAUUUGUAUUAUUCGUCAACAGAUAGAGUAAGGGUAGAGAGCAGGACUGCUGAUCAGCUUGUUGAUGAAGUUAAGAAAUUAAUCGAAAGGCAUGACAACAGGAGAAGACAUGACGAACUGUGAUGUAUGUGCAAAUUACGUUCCUAAAAUUAUCACAAAUCGAAGUUGGCGUGAAAGUGAUACACUUAUAUACUUUUUGUAAUUAAAUGUUUAAUUUGAAACGACGUAAUGGUUUACUUCUAAUUUUAGACGUGUUUUCAAUAAGUAUUUGAAAUGAGAAAUUUAUUAUGCAUCCCAACUCUGAUUAAAAUAAGUAUUACAAUAACUAAUUAUUUUUUGAACGAUCAUUUUCAGACUCUAUUUUCAUUUUCAACUUUAAUGUUUAAAUACAAGUGUACACAGAAAAUAGGCGUCUUCUCAAAAAAUUUUGCUUUUAGGAUAUAUUCAAAGAACAUUGUUCUGUAUAGAAAUUAAAUUUAAAAAUUAUAAUAAUUUUAAAUGAAUUAAGUAGAAUCUCUUUGUUCUAGAUGCUUUUAUGUGUAUUGACAACAAAAUCACUGCCAUAUUUAUAAUUGUUGUUUGUGUAUGUACCUUCCAGAAAAUAAUAUAUAUAUAAUAAUAAAUAAUAUAUUUUGUAUUAACAUUAUUAUUAAAAUGUAAUAUAUACC